CCAGUUCCAGUAUCGGGAAUGAAUACUUGACCAAUAUCUUGCCAGUUUGUAGUACUUGGGUGCUGAAAACACAUCUGCCCCAUUAUCUUCCACUGGGACUUUGUGCUGCUGGAGUUUUUUUUUUAAGAAAAGAUAAAGUCCUUAAAGGAGAGAAUUACUGGAACUCAUGAACAUUUCUUUAUACUGGAGUUUCAUGUCCGCUUUCCAAUUACGAGAUGUAUUGCAUUUUGCUGUCGAUCCUCUUAUUUUGCGGCAAGGUGAAAAGUCAAGAUAAUGUGUUCACUAUCAAUAAAGUUUCACUCCAGGCUUUUCCACAUACAGAAGUGCACAAUGGAGAUUCACUCAUCCUCAACUGUUCUGUGGACAUUAGCAAGAAUGAACAUUUCCAACUGAAUUAUACAUUUUCAUUUUUCAAGAAUGGUGAACAUCUGUUCACUAACACAACUGAGCAAGACAGCGCACGGUAUACAAUCUCACAGGCUAGAUUUUCUUCUUCAGGAGAAUAUGAAUGUGAAUUAAGUGUUGAGGAGAAAAAAAAAUCCAGUAAUCCUCUGACCAUUGUAGUUAAAGGAAUAAUGAAGCCAAUAUUGACUGCCAAGAAAACAACAGUGAUGGAAGGUGAAAACGUACGUUUACACUGUGAAGUACCAGAAGAAAAGCCACCUUUUUAUUUCACAUUUUAUAAAACUCCACAGUCUGCAAAUGCAGCUGAAUAUGAGAGGAAAAGGGAAUCAAAACAUGAAAAUUUUGUUGAGUUAGAAUUCCCUAUUGAUGCUGGAGACAGUAUUUUGUAUUUUGAAUGUUCUGUCCAAAUGAAUUCAGUAACAGGAACUUUAUGGACCUCAGAGCAUAGUAACCGAAUAAUUGUCACCGUUACUGAACCAUUUUCUGCUCCCAGAAUAACCAUCAGUCCCCCACAGAAUAUCACCGAAGGGGAUAAAGUCUGCAUAACGUGUUCAACUGUCCUACGUCACCAGGAUCAAACUGAAAUUAUUUUGCAGAAAAAUAGAACAAUUCUGAAUAGCACAAAGGGCAGAGAGACCCUAACAUAUUGCAAAAUAGUCAAGAUGGAGGACAACGGCAAUUAUAUUUGCAAAGUGGAGCAUGGGAGCGUAUCUAAAAUUGACAAAAAAGAACUUGUGGUGGCUGAACUAUUUUCCAAACCAAUCUUAGUAGUUAAUAAAACCAACUGGGAUGAAAACAGCACUGUACAAAUUCAGUGUCAAGUUAAUGGUCCAAUGCCAAUCAAUCUCUCACUCAUGAAGGACAACAAAAUAUUGGUAAACUCCAGCAUUUACAAGGCUAAAUUCCGUGUAUCUGACAGUGGAGGCUAUGUGUGUAGGGCAGAGAUAAACAACAUUUCCAAGGAGAGUGACCCAAUAGUUCUCCGAGUGUAUGCUCCAGUUUCUCUGCCUGCUCUUUCUCAACCAGUUUCCCAAGUGGCAGUACUGGACAAGUUCUUUGUUUUACAAUGCUAUUCAAAGUUUGGAACUCUGCCUAUCACGUACACCCUUUACAAAGGGAAUAUACGUAUCAGGAAGAUGGUGGCAAAGGAAAAUACACCAGCAAACUUUACGGUCAAAGCAACUAAUGUGCAUGAGCCUGGACAAUACAGAUGCCAUGCUAACAAUGGCCACUCUCUUUCAAAACAAAGCAAAGGGCUAAAUAUCACAAUAAUAGCUCCAGUUGCUAACAUAAGCCUUGAAAGAGCCCCACGAGGGGACAUAGAAGAUGGUAAAGACCUCUUAUUUUUCUGCUCUGUUGAAUCAGGAUCUUUCCCUGUUGAGUUCAACUUUUUUAAAGAAAAUGAUGGCAAAUCCUUAUAUCAGGUAGUAGAAAAGGAAAAACUGACAGCUAUUUGGCCCACUGAAAGUUUCACGAGCCAGGAUGAAGGGAGUUACUUCUGCAGAGCUGACAACCAAGCAAAAUCCUUUGUGGAAAGCAAGAAGAUCAUGGUCAAGGUUGUCAUGGCUUCAUGGAAGAAAGGCCUUAUUGUAGCCACAAUCCUCCUGAUUUUUCUUGCUGCUGCAGUUGCAAUUAUUUGGUUGAAUUUUCGUUUGAAAGCAAAGGCUAAAAACAUUUCUACGGAGCUGGCUGUAUCCAAACGAGCAACCAAUUCAGUGGGUGAGAAGCUGACAACAGGACAGAAUAAUGAAGGAGAAUUCUAUUAUGGUUCAGGUUAUAAUGAAGAUGGUGAAAAAAAUCACAUCAGUGCAAAACAGGAUAAUAAAGGACCUGGCCUUGAGGCUCCUGAAGUGGAAUAUACGGAAGUAGAAGUGUCGGUGCCCGACCCUUACCGAGCUCCUGUAACAAAUAAUGAGACAGUUUAUACUGAAAUCAGAAAAGCUAUUCAUGAUACUGAGGAGAACAGACAUUCUAGAAUAGAAGCUUCUCCUGAUGGGACUUAGGAAAAAGUGGCAGAGGAAAUCCAUGAAAACAAGAUGGAGGAUGUUCUACCAGUUCCAGCUAUUCUGCAGCAUUUAGGUGCUUUCAGAAGUCGCACUUUGCUUGAGCGGUUGGUAACCCCUGUGGGGUGAACCGAGCAUCUAUACAGUACUACUGCUGUCUGCCCUUGCCAUCCCAUAACAUAGUGAGACACACUUUCCAAAUUGUUGUUCCAUAUUUUCUUUAAUGCCAUUCUAAAUGAAAGCAUGUAUGUACAAGAAAUAUUUGCCAUCUUGGUUGUUCUGAAUCAUUCAAGCAAGAGAAUAAACCUGCCAGAUACAUCAUCUGGUGGUCACUUCCCUGUCCCAGAAAGCAAUGGAACCAUUAUGGAAAUUCAUUUGCAGGUAAAAACACUGCUGGUAACAACAUUUCAAAGUGGAGGCUUUCAGACGAAAGUGUGGUUUACACAAGAAAGUCAUGUAGGAAAAAUGUUGUGAACGCUUCAUGUCACUUUUGUAUCAUCAGUGAAAUGUGUCAGUGUUACUUGGCCAGAUGGGCAGUAAGAAAUGUUUAUUCACGUGCCCGUCUUCUUUCUCCAAUAUUCCCUUUAAAUGUACCAUAAAAAUGCCCUUAAAGGAUCUGCCAUUUGAAAUGUGCAAUUAGAAAGAGCUAUUACUUGUUCUGAUGAACAGCUCUCAUAUUACUUCUGACUCUUCAGAGCUCAACGUGCCCCAUAAGAACCAAAUGCCGUUCUGACAAUAGCUUUCAAAUCAGCAUAGCUGUGCAAGGAUUUUGACUUUUUUCAAGAGACUAAUCAAUUGCGGGGGAGUCUUGAAUUUUAAUUGUUGUUUGUCAAAUAAUCUCAAAUAACUUCUUUAAACUAUAAAAUCCUCAUGGUUGGUGAGCUGCUUGGUUACGCCUAGAAAACCAAGUCCUCACAAUAAUGAAGAUGCUAAUGUUAAUUUUACACAUCACACUAAGGCAUGGUUUACUUAAUCAUGGUUUCCUAAGUCACAGUGGCUUGGUUCACACAAUAUGCUAAGCCAAUGACAAACAGGCACACUUUGGCUUAACAAUAUGUGAACCCCGCCCAGCCUAUUAUGAUAUAUUCAAUAAGCCAAGGUUAAGUGGUAAAUAUAUAUUACUGACACAGCAUGCAGAUAUUAUAUUAAACUAAACAUAAAUAUGGGAACAAAACACAUUAAAAACAGGAUCAG